UAAAAUAUCCCCCAAAUUCGAUAUUCUCAGCUGUUUCUCAAAGUGUUUUUUAAGGCUCUCAAGCAAGGAUCAUCAAAAUACAUACUACUAUCUCAAUUCUCUUCUCAAGCAACGUUGUUUCAAGGCUCUCAAUCAGCAGUCUUUCAGGGCUCUCAAGCCAAAAAGAUGGCUUCUCCUCCAUCUCAGAGGAGUACUUUAAGGGACAACCAUAAUACUUUUGCUGAACUUAGUGACCACACAAAUGCUUUUGCUGCACUAGGAAUGACUCCAAAAGAGGUAAAAAUUAUUAUUUUUUGUUUGUGUUGCCUUUGUUAGUUUGAAUUUUAGUUGGCGACACUGAUUAUGGUGUAGGAUUUUUGCUUUAUUUUAGAAUUUUUGUAUAUUGUGACAAUGAGUGUGGGCUAGAGUUUAUCUUUAUUUUAGUAUUAUUUUGUAUAUUUGGAUACUAAUUAUGGGGGUUAGGAUUUUUUGAUAUUAUCGAUUUUUAUUUUUGUGCUUUUAAAUUGCAUGUAUGUCUCGGGUUCAAGUAUCAAUUUGGGUCUCCCGUUCAAUGAAAGCUCUGAGGCUGCUGUGUUGAAUUUUGAAAUUUUUUUGAGUAGAAUUCAAGAUGGUAAGAGUGUUGGGGAUGGUAGUUAUGAUGACGACUUUAGUGACCCCGACUAUAAUUUGGAAGAUAGUGAUGAUGACUUUGAGGAUGUAAUGGCUGAGCAAGUAACAACUCAAAAAUUAAGUAAGAAAGGGAUGGGAAGACCUAAGAAAGGAUCAAGUAGUGUUCUAUCAACUUUUAGCAUCCUUAUACCAGUAGAGAAUGACAAAUAUGACUCGGAUGUUGUUGAAUCAGAGGAAUUAUCAGACGGGAGGAUAUCUGAUAAGGAAGGUGAUAAAAAGGAGGCAGUUCACUAUGAAGAAUACGAUGAGCAGAAACAUAAAUAUAAUCCAAGUUUGGAACUUGGAAUGAAAUUUAGUAGCUUAAAGCAGUUUAAAGAUGCUUGUAGAAAUUAUGGUAUUAAAAGCAGGUUUUAGCUUAAAUUCUCUAAUAACAACCAGGAGAUAGUGAUAUGUAAAUGCAAACAUAAUGGGUGUCCUUUUAGAGUGUAUGCUACUGCCGUGAGUAAGACUGAUCCAACUAUUCAGAUCAAGUCUUGUAAUUUGGAGCACAUAGGUGGAAAUGUGUUUGACAACUUCCAUAUGAAUACUGCGUGGCUUGCUAAUAGGUAUUUUAGUGCAUUUAGAGCUAGUCCAUCAUGGAGCGUGAAUGGUUUAAUUGAAGCUGUUAGAAAUGACUAUAGCUAUACAAUUAGUUAUAUGAAAGCUUGGAGGGCCAGAAAUAUGGCACAAAAAUUGGUUUAUGGAGAUGAGGGAACCCAAUAUGCAAAGCUGUUGCCAUAUAGAGAGGAAUUAUUAAAAAGCAAUCCAGGCUCUACUGUAAUUUUGUGGAGGGACGAAGGCAGAUUUCUUGGGUUUUAUGUUUGUCUUGGAACACUUAAGAAUGCUUUUAAAUCUGGUUGUAGAUCAUUCAUUAGCUUGGAUGGUUGUUGGUUAAAGGGAAAUUAUGGAGGGAACUUGUUGAGUGCAGUGGUUAUUGACCCAAAUGAUUGCAUUUUUUCCAAUAGCAUAUGCAGUCAUAGCUAAAGCUGAAAGUAGAGAAACUCGGAGCUGGUUUCUUAUUAACCUGGGAGAGGAUUUGGAGAUUCAGAACAGCCAUCACAUUUCAUUUAUGUCAGACAGACAGAAGGGGCUGAUUGGAGCUGCGAAGGAUUUAUACCCUAAUGCUGAACACCGUAAUUGUGUUAGGCAUAUGUAUCCGAAUUUCAGACAAAAACACAAAGAUGAACUGGAAAAUGAGGACAAAGAGGCCAGAGAAUGGUUCAAUCACCCUGAAAGGCCAUUCAAUACUUGGACUCGAGCAUUAUUUAAAUGUCAUACCAAAUGUGACAUGUUGUUGAACAAUUUAUGUGAAAGCUUCAACAGAUAUAUACUUGAUGCUAGGGACAAGGCCAUAAUAACAGUGCUAGAAAUGAUCAAGAACAAGUUGAUGAGGAGGUUGUUAAAAAAAAAAAGAGUGGAUUGAGAGAUACCAAGGGCCAAUAUGCCCUAAGAUAGAAAAAAAGCUGUUGAAAAUUAGGAUGGAGGCAACAAAGUUUCAACCUGAUUUUUCAGGAGGCCCUAGGGUCUUAGUUGAAGGUCCUGGAGGGCCAUAUAUUGUUGAUAUGUCUGCCAAGACUUGUACUUGUAGAAGGUGGGAUUUGACUGGAUUGCCUUGUCAUCAUGGUGUGGUUAGUAUUCUUGGCAACAAUUGAGUUAAUAGAAGAUUAUGUCAUGGACUAUUACAAAGUGGAAAACUACAAGAAAGUAUACUCUUAUUAUAUAAAUCCUACUGGCUCUGAAGAUCACUUGCUUGAGGUUGUAGGAGGUGGUGACAUUCUCCCACCUAAGGUAGUCAAGAAAAAGAUAGGGAGGAAGCAUAAGGCUAGGAGAAAGGAGGCUGAAGAACUAGAAAAAUAAAGAGAAGUUGCUGCUCAAAGUGCAAAGGAGAAGAGGGCUGAAAAGAAGAAACCUCAACGAAUAUCUAAGAAGGGUACUGUACAAGUUAGCUGCUCUAUUUGCAAAGUGGUUGGGCAUAAUGCUAGAGGCCAUAGUAAAUAUGCAAAAACAACUUCCUCUAGUUUUCCAAACCAACAACCACCUUCUCCAAAUUCAAGUCAAGACCCUGCUCCAACCCAAAACGAAGACCCUGCUCCAAACCAAAACCAAGAAGAAAGAAUAGACGUGGACCUCAUCUUAACAAAUCAAUCAACUAUAGAGGAUGUUGCUGAACAAGAUGUUGUUGGGAGAGUUGUACAUGGUCAAAAAAUUGUGCAAGGUGACACUGACACUAUUAAAGUAUCCAAAAGAGGCGGGGUCAAGAAGAAAGUUAUGCAAGAUUAUAUGCAAGUUAUGGUGAAGAAAAAGUGGAGACUCUCGAAGACAAAAUAGGGAUGUUUGUCUAAAAUUUCUUGUCUUUUGUAAAUGGCAUACACUUAAAUUGGCACAAUAUAUUGUGUCUGCUUUUGUCUUUUGGUUGAUGCACAUUUUAUUUGCUGUAUUGCUUAGUAAGCAAUAUUUUGUUUAGUGGUGUUGCUCGUU